AUCUACACUAAAUUCCUGCCUAUUUAUUCUGAACCAAUAAAUUCCAGCCCUUUAUUAAUGGAGUCUUUGUCCGGUGACAUAUAAUAAGGCCAUUUCAAUCUGAUUCAAGGCUUUUGGACAAAUCCCAUCUUCCCUCCCCUCCUGUUCUUAGCCUUCCCUCUUUCUCUGCUCUUGCUAUCUUUCGGCGUGAGUUGGGAUUGAAAUUCUUGCUUAUAAGAGAAAUGGAUGGCUCCUGCAAUGAUCGCCUUGAUUUUGGGAAGAUGGGUUACGGAUGCAAGCAUUAUCGGAGAAGAUGCAAGAUUAGAGCUCCUUGCUGUAAUGAGGUCUUUGAUUGUCGUCAUUGCCACAACGAGUCCACGAGUAUGUUGCGGAAUGUUUUCGACCGUCAUGAAGUGAUCAGAUAUGAUGUGAAGCAAGUUAUCUGUUCAGUUUGUGACACAGAGCAGCCGGUUGCUCAAGUUUGUACAAAUUGUGGCGUCAGAAUGGGAGAAUAUUUUUGUGAAGUUUGCAAGUUCUAUGAUGAUGAUGUUGAUAAAGGGCAAUUCCACUGCGAUGAUUGCGGGAUCUGCAGAGUUGGUGGUCGAGAGAACUUUUUCCACUGCAAUAAAUGUGGCUCUUGCUAUUCAGUUGGUCUUCGUGACAAUCAUUUGUGCGUAGAGAAUUCGAUGCGGCAUCACUGUCCUAUUUGUUAUGAGUAUCUCUUUGACUCUUUGAAAGACACAACUGUUAUGAAAUGUGGGCAUACCAUGCACUGUGAAUGCUACCACGAGAUGAUAGAGCAUGACAAGUAUUGCUGCCCCAUAUGUUCCAGGUCAAUAAUUGACAUGUCCAGAAUCUGGAAGAGAAUAGAUGAGGAGAUUGAAGAGACUGUGAUGCCUGAGGACUACAGACAUAGGAAGGUAUGGAUUUUGUGUAAUGACUGCAAUGACACAACAGAGGUCUUCUUCCAUAUAAUUGGACAGAAAUGCAGCCACUGUCGAUCGUAUAAUACUCGCACAAUUGCACCUCCCGUUCUUCCCCAGUGAUUGGUAAGUGGCAACCCCCAUAGGAGUUUUUUGGCGUCUUCAAUCAGCAUGCCUGCAUGGAAGCCAACCCGACUAUUGAAACCAAAAAUUAAAAAGAAAAAGAAAAAGAGAGACAUUGAACAAUUUGCUUUGUUGCAAAAAAUGACCAAAAGCAAUUGGAGCUUUGGAAACCACUCAAAGCUCAAUUCAAUUCUUCCUCCUGCUCCUACUUAAAUCAACGAAGUGAUGCAAGACUUUUUCAUCUGUUUCUUUUUAUGUACUUGCCAAAAUGAUUGGCACGUGUAUCUGUGCCUUCCAAAUUUUUGCCUGCGUUAUUAGUAGUAAGACGAUGUUAUAAAA